CUCAAAACCACCACCUUUCUCCCAAUUCAUAUUUCUUAACCUCACGUAUUGUUAUCCUGAUAGGAUCAUUCGAUCUUGGUAACCACACACGACACCUAAUCACCUAAAGUCAUCUUCGUCCAGUCCAUCAGUCUCCCGAACCCCACUUCACACAAUGCCGUUCCUCGACAACGAGUCCCCAGAGAGGACACCUGUCGUCAACAAAUUCCCAUCCGAUCCCUUCCACAAAUUGGUCCAAGAUCUCAGCGACGUCCUUGGACCAAGCUCGGGGCUCGAUUCAGACGAUGUAGAUCCCAUGGACAUCCAACGACUGAUGGAAGGGUACACCUCCAACCAUAGCGAGUGGUUGCACUAUGCCUUGGCGGACCCGAGCAGAGCCUAUACCAGAAAUCUCGUCGACGAAGGCAAUGGAAAGAGUAACCUACUCAUCCUCGUAUGGUCUCCGGGACGGAGUAGCCCGAUCCACGACCAUGCAAACGCACAUUGUGUCAUGAAGAUAUUGAAAGGAUCCCUAAAGGAAACGCUGUAUGAUUGGCCGGAUCAGGAGAAGACGGACGCCGGCGAGGCCGCUCCCAUGAAGGUAACCAGAGAGAGGGUGUACGGUGAGAACCAAGUCACCUACAUGUCUGACAAGCUUGGCCUGCACAAGAUUACCAACCCUGAUCCAAAUGAAUAUGCCAUCUCACUCCACCUUUAUACCCCGCCGAACGCAGCGCAUUUUGGAUGUUCUCUCUUUGAUGAGCGGACAGGCAAGUCGCGCCAUAUCAAACAGUGCACUUUCUUCUCUCGAGGAGGACAGAAACUUUGAGGCGGAUUCGCGGCUAAAAGUGCCCCAGAUAUGCCCCUCUCGACGGGACGGGUCACGUUAGUACUCAGUUGUAUUCUGAAGUGUUCUUUGAUACCAUAUGUAGCCGUGUUGUUCAGCAAGAUGCAUCUUCCUUCGAUGAAUUGAUAGUUUGUGCACCGACUGAAUUUGUUCUCCUUCCUUCAUUUAUUUUUAGGGGGUAGGAAACACUCCGCUCAGGCA